UAACCGACCCGCCGAUAGGGCAUAUCUGGGGGCCAGUUUGAGAGCCGGAUUGGUCUCCAAGCUCUAUAAAAAGCAGACGCAGCACCCCCAGAGUUUUCAAAACCAAAAUCAAUUAAUCAUGAGGAGUAUUAUUUUAGUCUUGGCCCUGGCAGUGGCAGCUAUCUCUGCCGUAUCCGUGGAGUAUGACGAGGAUGCAACGGCUCUGGACUUGGCCAAGGAGCUGGGCAUCGACCUGGACCUGGAAUUUGGCAAAAACCUCGGCCUGGAACUGGGAGAGGAUGGCUCUAUGGCCAUUGACGAAUACGGAAUUUUGGAUAAGAUGGUCUCCGCGAUCAUUGCCGAGUCCAAGGCCCUGGCCAAGGAAAUUAUCCUGCUGACGGAGCGCCAGUUGUUGAAGAUCUUCCUGUACCCGGUCCGCCAGCUGGAGCAAAUCGUCGAGGACAUCGAGCGCCGGGCGGUGGAAAGCGAGGAGUGCGUGGCCAGGGAGACGGUGCACAUUGCCAACAUCGUGGAGGACACCACGCUGGAGUUCAUGGGCUGUGGCCGCGAUGCCGCCGUCACCUCCAUCAACAUAAUCCUGGAUACCAAGCGAGCGGUGUUCCAGCUGACCCUCGAUGGCUACCAGCUGGCGAAGCUGAAAAGGAAGUGCAAGUCCUACAAGACCGAAAUCAUGCAGAACUCCUGCAAUGUCAAGCUGGGCGUUAAAAUCGGAUUGUUUGUCUUCGAAGGCCAGAAGUCCCUGCGCCACCUAAUCGGUCUGAGAAAAAGUGUACCCGCCGUGGCCACCGAUGCCACUUCCUGCACCAACGCCGCCACCGCGCAUGCCGUUCAGGGCCUGGACGACAUCAAUGCCAGCAUCAAUACCUGCAUUAAUACCAUGUUUUUCUGAUUGAAAGUGGCAGUCGGCAAACAUUAAACUAAGUGCAUUCAUAUUUCCAUUGCAAA